CCCAGGCAGUAGUUUCCUGUGAUUCUGUUUUCUUCUGUUUCUGGUUCACUGACUGCUACACCCUGCAAGUUUAAAUAUGGGAGCCGGCACCUUACAAAUAGGCUGACUCUGUACAAAUCAUCAUCCACAAUGGUUCUCCGAUGCUGCAGGGGACCCGGGUGACAGCCCAUUGGUCUCUGGCUUGGACAUUCGUGCCCAGAGCGGCCACAGUGCAGGCUGUUGAGAAACGAGAGUGUGUGUGGAGAAGACGUGGGCCAGGAGACAUGCUUCCCAGUGAGGAAAACCCGCCAUUGAACUUCCGCGGGACCGUGGUCUGAGGAAGGUUCAUUGGGGUCAGAAAUUGCCUCUGGGAAAGUUCCCUUGAGAUGCCCCCUGCGCUCCGGAGGGAGGCCCUGGUGUGCACCCUCUUCAAGUCGUGGACAGUCAAGCAAAUACAGAAAGGAGCACCUUUGCCCGUCUGGGCCCCCACAGGACAGGAAAUAGAGGAGGGCCGUCGGAGCACCCUGGUUCUUCUUCUAUUUCUGUAAACGUGCUGCAGCGUGACUUCCGCAGCCCUCUGACAAGCUGCUGCCUCUCGACUCGGAGCUGGAUUCUUCCUCCGAUGAGAAAGCAUCUCCAGUGACAGCCCCCGACCUGGUCCUCAUGCUGCUGGGGCUCAUGCUGUUGAUGUGCGCGCCGCCCUGCGAACUGACUGCCCUGCUCCUGACCGCCACGCCCUCUCGGCCCGUGGAGGGAGGCUCAGUGACCCUGACCUGCAACGUUCUGGUCCCUUCACGGAGGCUGGACGGCCCCCGCCAGUUCUGUUUCUUCAGAGACAGCCGGGUCCUGUGGCCGGGCUGGAGCAGCUCCCCGGAGCUCCAGCUCCCCAAGGUGUGGAGGGAAGACUCAGGAUCCUACUGGUGCGAAGAAAAGACCAUGGCAGCCAGAGUCACUCGGAGCCCGAGGGUCCAGAUACGGGUGCAGAGAGUCCCCGUCUGUAAUGUGAGCUUGGAGACGCAGCCUCCCGGCGGGCAAGUGCAGAAGGGAGAGAGGCUGGCUCUCAUCUGCAUGGUGGCCAGGGGCACAGGAGACAUCACCUUCCUCUGGUACAAAGGGGCCCUGGGUUUGAACCUGGAAACAAAGACCCAGCGCUCUCUGGCAGCGAAGUUUGAGAUCCCGGCGGUGAGGGACAGCGACACGGACAAAUACUACUGUGCGGCCGACAACGGCUACGGCCCCAGCCUCAGCGAGCUGGUGAGCGUCACCGUCAGAGUUCCAGUGUCCCGCCCCGUCCUCACCAUCAGGGGGUCCGGGGCCCCGGCCGAAGUGGGGGACGUGGUCGAGCUUCGCUGCGAGGCCCAGAGGGGCUCUCCCCCCAUCCUGUACCGGUUUUAUCGCGAGAAUGUCCCCCUGGGGAGGAGCUCAGCUCACGCUGGAGGAGGAGCGUCCUUCAACCUCUCUCUGACCGCAGAACAUUCUGGAAACUACUCCUGUGAGGCCAACAACGGGCUGGGGGCCCGGCGCAGCGAGGCGGUGCCACUCAACGUCACAGUGCCCACGGAGGACAGGAAAGAACUUCUCGCCUCGGGAAUCCUCAAGGGGAUGCUUGGCGUCCUUGGUCCCGUCAUUCUGGCCUUAUUCUGCUGUGGGCUCCGGAAAAGACUAGGAGCCCUCCGAGCCCUGUGCCACCAGCAUCCAGCUACGUCAACUCACCCACCCCGCUGCAGGGACAGUCGGUAUACGAAAACGGUGAGGGUCCCGAGUGACCUGGCCCGAGGAGCUCGAGUGAGCUGGGGAAGAGGCGACGGGGUGCCGUCUGCCGGCCCCACCUGUGUCUGCUGUGCCCCAGCCACCGCCUCCAUGAACAGCGAAUGUUGUACGCGGGGACGAGGUUUACUCUUUGGUGUACCACACGCAGCAGGAACGGCCACCAGCAGUACCGCCCCCGAGGACGCGCGUCGAGGACCAGGUGAGUCAGAAUCCCCAUCGUACUUUCCUUCCUGCUCGUCUGUCUUUCUUCUGCCGACGGCUCCUCAAACUUUAAAACUUAUGGCCACUUAGCAAAACCCAAAUGCCUCCAGGGUCUGCCUCUUCCCCUAUCUCCCCACACAGUGGGAUAAAAACAUUUGGUUAUAACAGUAAAGCAUCACUGUGCAAGGGAAUUUUGGAGGCUUGCGUAGACGUUUCCUUUGGCCACAGACACAUGGAUGAUUUGUAGUUACACUCUGGCACGUGCCAAGUCUAAACAUGCCGUUCCUUGAAAAUCCUUGUUGUGAAAUACUGUUCAGCCACACACACACACGACUUUGUGUUGUGAGGUUAACCAAACAACCCGUGGAGAACUAAAUUAAUAUUGAACGAAGCUAAACUAAGAGGGAUUUGUGUCAUUGAAACUCAGUGAUCUGUCAACCUUGAAUAAUUGACGACAUCACUGAUAAUACGGAAAUACGCUCAGAAAAUUGUGGGAAUCCCAGCUCGGCGUGUGUGCAAAGACAGCAGACGCUUUGUAGUUUUGUCGAGUGCAGUGGGGAAGCCAGAUGUGUCACGACAGAACCCAUGUCCUUGGGAAACUCCAGUGACACGCUGAAUUUAGUGUAUGAGUGUAAAAUCCUGAAAUCCUGCAAAAAAACCCAGCCCGUGGAACUGCCUAGCAGUGGCCCCUCCGAACGGGAGAAGGGUUACACGUUUGGAUCCACCGGGGGGAUGGGACGCAGGCCCUUUGAAAAUGCUCUCCCAGGGCCGCAGUCUUCCAAGAGGCUGUGCUACAUGUGCGUGGCAUGUCAUGAUAUGACGUGCCCCGGCUGCCUGGGGAAGAGACAGGCCCCAUGUGUGUUCCCUGCUCUGGUCCUGUCUAUGUGCCUUUGCUUUUAGAAUGCCUCAGCCAUCUAUUUUAGGCUGAAGAAGGCAAACGUUACAGAUGAGGACUACGAUGACGCUAUGUAACAUUCUGGAAGAUUCUGCCCUUUGGAAACCAUCCAUGA